GGAGCUGCACUGCCCGCCGUCGCUCUCGCCGCCGCGGCCCGAAGACGGCGGCCAGGGCCUGAGCGCCGUGCUGGGGGAGCACGGCGAGCACCUGGAGGCGGCGAUGUGGCAGGCUGGCUGCCCGCCGCACGCGUGGGCCCGGGGCGCGGUGCCGGAGCUGUGGCGGCUGCUGCGGAUCUGGGACGCCAACAAGCUGUCCCUCGCUGGCCCGGCGGGCCUGGAGCAGUGCGUGUUCUUCGUCCUGAGCCGCAUGAACCACUCCUGCGAGCCCAACGUGCGGCUCCUCCCCGGCGGGGCCGCCGGGGAGCUCGUGGCGGUGGCCGCGGUGGACAUAUCGCGGGAAGCAAACGCUCAACAUCUGCUACCUGGAGCGGAACGCGCUGCCGAUGCUGCACUUCCUGCACCUCUCGAUGAUCCUCAAGACCCGGCAGCACUUGCUCCUGCGCUGGGGCUUCCUGUGCGGCUGCCCCCGCUGCUCUGCGCCGCGGGACCUGGCCCGGGCCUUCGGGUGCCCCGAGGUGAAGAGGCGGCAGGGUGAGGUGGCCGCCUGGCGGGCACGCUGAGGUAGCCACUUGACUGAUUCGUGUGUGAGCCUGGUGUCGUCCGCCUGGACACUGGAACAAGAACAAGGGGAAGAGGCGGAUCGAGGAGGAGAAGAACUGCUAGAGAAGCCGUGCAGUCCUGGCUGUCCCC